AUUUAUUUCUUGUCGUACAUAUAUAACAUAACAUUUUAAAGAUUUGAAGUGUUAAAAAUUUUAGUUGUAUUGUAUUACAUUGUGAUUUUUAAAAAUGGAAGAAUACGCUAGAGAACCUUGUCCCUUUCGAAUUAUCGAUGACUGUGGAGGUGCCUUCGCAAUGGGUUGCAUUGGUGGCGGAGUGUUUCAAGCUAUAAAAGGGUUCAGGAAUGCUCCAUCUGGAAUAAGCAAGCGAAUGAUUGGUAGCCUGACUGCGGUAAAAAUACGUUCUCCAGUCAUCGCAGGAAAUUUCGCCGUUUGGGGAGGUAUGUUCAGUACUAUUGAUUGCACCUUGGUCCAUUUUCGAAAGAAGGAAGAUCCAUGGAAUUCUAUAAUCAGUGGAUUUGCAACCGGUGGAAUUUUAGCUGCUAGAAAUGGAAUACCAGCCAUGGCAGGAAGUGCUAUAAUUGGUGGCGUUUUGUUGGCAUUAAUAGAAGGCGUUGGAAUUUUAUUUACUCGGUUGUCAGCAGAGCAGUUCAAAAAUCCUGCUCCACCCAUUGAGGACCCAGCAGUGUUGGGGGAAGCCGCGCAGCCUUUUAGCUUCGGACAGACAAGUCAACAUCCGUCACAGUACCAGUGAAUAAUUAAAAAAAAUACCAUCUCUAUUUGUUUAGAAAAUAUAAAAAUUUCUAUAAAAAAAAGAUAUAUAUAAACAUUGUUUAAUUAUAAGAUUUGAAUUAAAAGCUGAAUUUAAAAUAUCUCUAAAAUAUUCAGAAAGCA